AUGGGAUUUCCCAAAUUCUUCUCAUUCCUCUCUGCAAGUUAUCAAAACGGCAUCCCUUCUUCCUACAGUCCUCCUCCUAUUCAAGAAAGUCUCAUCAAGCAUCCGACGUUCCCCAAAUCUGUCUUUAACUACUUGAGACGCCUUAUAGUAUCUGGAAAUAAAUUUGAUGGGGGCCUGAGGUCGGAGGAAGAAGAGAAGGUGUAUUCUUGGUUAUAUGCCUUGGCACAAUCGGAUAAAGAUUUGAUCUAUGAGUACGUUCGGUCCACCGAAAGGGGCUUGAGCUUCACUGAAGCUGCGAGGAGGUUGAAAGAAAAUGGUCCAAAUCUUCCUCUUGAAUAUACUUUUCCAAGUUGGUGGCAUCUUCUGUGGAAUGCCUUCUUCCACCCUUUCAACAUUAUUUUGAUUGUACUGUCUGCACUCUCCUACGUAGCCAGUGAUAGUUCAAACGGAUGCAUUAUGCUCGCAUUGGUUUUUAUUAGUGUCUCCCUUCGAUUCUACCAGGAAUACACCAGCUCAAAAGCUGCCAUGAAACUCUCUGAGUUUGUUAGAUGUCCGGUUAAAGUUCAAAGGUGUGCUGGUAGGGUUGUUCAGACAGAGUUGAUAGUUCAAGUUGAUCAAAGAGAUAUUGUUCCUGGGGACAUUGUUAUUUUUGAACCUGGAGACCUUUUUCCUGGGGAUGUUAGACUAAUAUCUUCGAAGAACCUUGCGGUGAGUCAGUCCUCAUUAACAGGGGAGUCCUGGAUAACCGAAAAAACAGCAGAUGCUAAAGAAGAUCGGAGAACUCCUUUGCUAGAGCUGAAGAAUAUUUGCUUCAUGGGAACAAAUAUUGUAUCAGGUACCGGAAAGGGUUUAGUUGUUUCGACUGGAUCCAAGACUUACAUGAGCACCAUGUUUUCGAGUAUCGGAAAGCAAAAACCAGCAGAUGGCUUCAGCGACGGCAUCCGAUGCAUAUCCUUCGUGCUUAUUGGCGUAAUGCUGGUGGUGAUGGCAAUCAUAGUACCGACUGAUUACCUGAAAACUCACAAUAUGAGUGAGAGUUUUCUUUUCGGACUCUCGGUUGCAUGUGCACUCACUCCGAAUAUGCUUCCCCUUAUUGUUAACACAAGUCUUGCCAAAGGAGCACUUGUCAUGGCCAGAGACAGAUGCAUCGUCAAAAGCUUAGCUGCUAUACGAGAUAUGGGAUCCAUGGAUAUCCUAUGCAUCGACAAGACCGGUACACUCACCAUGAACCAUGCAAUCCCUGUUGAUCAUCUGGACAGUUGGGGUUCCUCCAAAGAAAAGGUUUUACGCUUUGCCUUCCUUAAUUCAUACUUCAAGACUGAUCAAAAAUACCCUCUAGAUGAUGCAAUUUUGGCAUAUGUGUACACAAGUGGAUACAGAUUCCAGCCAUCCAAGUGGACUAAAAUAGAUGAAAUUCCUUUCGAUUUUAUCCGAAGAAGAGUAUCGGUUAUCUUGGAAACUGAAUCGAGUGCUGCCCGAGGCAGAAAUAGCCAAACCUUUGAUAGAUUCAUGGUAACAAAGGGAGCGUUGGAAGAAGUAAUGAAAGUUUGUUCUUUUAUAGACAAUGCUGAUGGGGGUGAAAUUCUGAUUUUCUCUUCAGAGGACUAUCAGAGGAUUCUGAAUAUGGGAGAAGAAUUAAGCAACCGGGGACUAAGGACAAUAGGAGUCGCAAUAAAAAGGCUACAAAUGCAAGGAAGUCAUCCGAACAUGGCCAAUGAGGAGAAUAAUGAAUCAGACAUGGUCUUCCUUGGGGUAAUAACGUUCUUCGACCCACCAAAGGACUCAGCAAAGCAGGCUCUGUGGAGGCUAGCUGAGAAGGGAGUAAAAGCAAAGGUAUUAACAGGGGACUCGCUAUCUCUGGCGAUAAGGAUUUGUGAAGAACUUGGCAUCAGAACCGCCCAUGUAACAACAGGACCAGAACUUGAGCUGCUAAAUCAGGAUGCCUUUCAUGAUACUGUUAAAAGAGCGACGGUACUUGCUCGGUUAACCCCUACUCAGAAACUCAGGGUAGUGCAAUCCUUGCAGACUGUUGGUGGACAUGUUGUUGGAUUCCUGGGGGAUGGAAUUAACGACUCACUUGCAAUAGAUGCUGCCAACGUAGGCAUAUCGGUUGACUCAGGUGCAUCAGUUGCAAAAGACUUGGCAGACAUCAUCUUGCUUGAGAAAGAUCUGAAUGUUCUUGUUGCCGGCGUUGAGAACGGUCGCCUCACUUACGGUAACACCAUGAAGUACGUUAAGAUGUCUGUUGUUGCCAACAUAGGGAGUGUGCUCUCACUCCUCUUAGCAACUCUGUUUCUGGAAUUUGAGCCAUUGACUCCAAGGCAGCUCCUUACACAAACCUUCAUCUAUAGCGUGGGUCAAAUCGCAAUCCCAUGGGACAAGAUGGAAGAAGAUUAUGUGAAGACCCCUCAGAAUUGGUCUGAGAAAGGUUUGCCCAUCUUCACCUUAUGGAACUGCCCUGUGUGUACUCUCUGUGAUCUGGCAAACCUUCUCUUCCUGUGGUGCUAUUACGAAGGUUACAACAAGGUGUAUGUCCAGUUCUUCCAUUCUGCUUGGUUUAUAGAAGGCCUUCUCAUGCAGACCCUAAUUUUCCACUUAAUCCGAACAGAGAAAAUCCCUUUUAUUCAGGAGAUAUCCUCGUGGCCUGUACUCUGUUCAACUGUUGUGAUCUCUGCCAUUGGAAUAGCAAUUCCUCUCACACCAAUCGGAGAAAUCAUGGGUUUCACUAAAUUGCCAUUAUCAUAUUUUGGAUUUUUGGUUGUGCUUUUUCUAGGGUAUUUUACGGUUGGCCAAGUGGUCAAGAGACUGUAUAUUUUGAUGUACAAAAAAUGGUUGUAG